CCAUGGCGGUGCCGUCCCUUCCAAUUCCGACAAAGCAAACGACAGACUCCGGGAAGCUUCAAUCAUACACUGUUUUGUUGUCGAUUAACGGGAGAUAAUGGAAGGUGCGGCUCCACCUAGGGGGACCAAAAAGCCGCGUAAGAAUCGCCGACGCAACCAGAUCCAAAAGAGCCGUGGACCGGCGGGAGGAGGAGCGCUGCGGGGACCACCGCCAGCGCCGCAAACCAAACUUACUUUGCGGGGUAUCGGCAACGUCAAUACGUUUGGUACGGUGCAGAGCGUGGGGACAAUGAUUCGGCAAAUGAUACAACGUGCGAACGACAAACUAAGACUCGAAAAUUAUCAAACCAUGUCCAUGGACGAAGUGUCUCUCACGAAAUUGAUCACCAGCGAGCAGACGGCAGCUGUCGCUCGUUUGGAAUGGGAAAGAAGACUCAAACCCGGAAACACGGGAGAUUCUUUGGAUACGAAGGAGGACACUGAGGUAGCGUUGGAACAGGAAACGGCCAAGCUGGUGGCGGGAGUAGACGAGUUGUCGGUGGCCCCUACCAAGACCAGCAAGAGUACGUCCGAUCCUGCUAACUGCAUCGUGGCAAAGAUUUUGUACGUCGUCCCACCAAAAAGUACGCGACGUCGGGGUGAAAAGCCCGGCAAUGCGUAUGUCAUGCUUACGACUCCUCCUUUGGAAUCCGUAAAGUCACAUCCGACUACGGCUGUACCCAGGGUAGCCGAGGAUACCAGUGUGGCUUCAGCAAGGCCUUCCGAAUCGAUACCACCUCCUACCAUCUUACCUAUUCUACCGGUGGAUUACUCACGCGAAGUUGCUCAGCGACGUCUCGCCUUGUUGCGUGCCGUCGAGGCCAUGGAGGCCGUGGCGCUGGAGGACGCCAAAACGCAACAAAUGUGGAUGGGCUGCGUGGUAGCAGAGUCGGAGUACGGUAAGAUGUGGAAAUCCUAUCCAUCAGGCGAUCGUUUGGAAGGAACCAUUACAGAGACUCCAGCGUAUCGCGAGUUUUUGGAAUCGCAACAACGCACCAAAGAGGAGCGAGAGAAUCGCCCCAAGCCGCUCCCGGGUGGCGGUGUCGGUAGCGUCACAACCGUGAACGCAGGUGCCGACGGAACCGGGCAGUCGGUGCAGAUGCCCGUAGCCGCCCUGGUACAGCAUUUGCAAGCCAAACGAAUCCAGGAAAAACAUCGCCAAAAGGCACUACAGAAGGCCAAGAGUAAGACAACCAAGAAAGAACCCACGGCGGUGUCCAACGGAAAGAAAGUCAGUGAGAAAAAGAAAAAUCCAAAGAAGAAAAAGAAGGCGAAGCAAGGACCGUCAGUUGUGACGGUGAGCAAGCCGCCUGCUGGAUAG